CACACUUACAUCUCCUUCAAUUUCUUAGUUCUGUUGUUUCUGUUCCGGGUUAGCGUGUAAAUUACAAGGAAAUUAAGAUGCAAUAUCAUCAGGCUGAGUCAUGGGGUUACCAUGUGGCAACGAGGACUUGCAUGGCAUCAGACCCAUUGGAGAAGGUUGCGAGGCUGGCAUCGGAGAGUGCUGUUGUGGUAUUUAGUAUCAGCAGCUGUUGCAUGUGUCAUGCCGUGAAGAGACUCUUUUGUGGGAUGGGCGUGAACCCAACUGUUUAUGAGCUCGACCAUGACCCAAGAGGGGAAGAGAUUAAGAAGGCAUUAAUGAGGCUGCUCGGGAAUUCAACUUCUGUGCCUGUUGUAUUCAUUGGAGGGAAGUUAAUUGGUGCCAUGGAACGAGUCAUGGCUUCCCAUAUCAGUGGAACUCUCGUGCCCCUCCUCAAGGAAGCUGGAGCACUCUGGCUUUGAUUUUGAUCAUCGAUCAACAAAGUUAACAUCACAAACUGGGUCCUGAACAUGGAAAUUAUCAUUACAAGGAAAAAAGAGGAGAUUAGUUUAUUUUUAAUUUCUAAUUAACUUUUUCUUUUCAAUUUUCUAUGACGUACAUUAGCUAGUUGUCUUAGUUGCAGCUCUCCAGUCUGAGAAUAUUAUAUAAUCAUCAAAGCUUAUAUUGUGAUGCUUUUCUAACUAUGUUAUGGAAUGGAAUGGAUGUUCAAUG